AGAAUAGGUUUACAGGAUGGUGCUGGUUUCCUCUACUCCUUCCACAAGAGCAAAGUUAUGCACCAGUAUUGCAGCAUUAACACUCCAGCUUAUAGUGGCAACGUUAGCAGCUCCAAUAGCCCUGCCUGGUUGCCCGGAAGUAUGUGGCAGCAUAGCUAUCCCCUACCCUUUUGGCCUCGGGCAAGGGUGCUUCCGCGCGGGCUUCAACCUGACGUGCGACGAGACGCGCCAUCCACCGAAGCUGUUGGUGGGCGAUGGCGCAGAAGUGAUUGAUAUUUCUCUGGUGGAUGGCACGUUGCGGAUCCACAGCAAGAUGCUGAAUAUCCCGUUGAACACAAGCUCUACUCAAUCAAAUGGCUCAUGGUCCGUUGGCCUGAAGGACGAGGGCCCCCUGAUUGUGUCCGUCGAUCAUAACCGGUUCGUUGCAACGGGGUGCAAUGUCCAAGCCAGCCUCAUUGCCUCUUUUGGCGACUACGUUAGCGUCUGUGCAGUGUAUUGUGCUGACAAACCGUGGAUGAGCGACACCUCAUGUUCUGGUGUCGGCUGCUGCCAGACGCCCAUCGCACGGCUAGGUCUCCCGUUCUAUGACCUCCAGCUUGGUUCUUUGAGCAGGAGAACCGGUGAUUCAUUGGAAUAUGGAGUGGUGUUCAUAGCUGACCAAGAGUGGUUGGCCAGAGAGGGACCCAUGCUGCAGUUGAAUUACUUUGAUAACCCACAUAAGAUUGUUGAUUCCACGUUGAUCCCAACGGUGGUAGAAUGGUCGCUUCAUGUGAGAGAUGAAGGGUACGAUCAAUUGUACUGGGGGCAGCAUGACUUCGAUGUAUAUGAACCCAGAUCCUUAAGCGUAUACUGCUUCAUAUUCAAAGAUAGUUCUUCUAUCCAGCGGGCACGGUGCAACUGCUCCAAAGGGUUCGAGGGCAACCCUUACAUCGCAAAUGGAUGCCAAGAUAUCGAUGAGUGCCAACGGCCAGAUAUUUAUCCAUGCCAUGGAACCUGCAUCAAUGAUCUGGGGACAUACCGAUGCCUCGCAAAGAAAGGUAUCACCAGCCUCCCAGGUUUGAUUACUGUAAUUACAAUUAGUGCUGGUUCUGGCAUACUAUUUUCACUUCUGGGUAUUACCAAAAUCACCAAUAAACUCAAGCAACGAAGAGCCAUGAAGUUGAGACGGAAGUUCUUCAAGAAAAAUCAUGGAUUGCUUCUGCAACAGCUAAUCUCUUCGAACAAAGACAUAGCAGAAAGAACGAGGGUUUUCAGCUUGGAAGAGCUGGAGCAAGCAACCAACAAAUUUGACCAGAAUCGCAUCCUCGGUGGCGGUGGCCAUGGCACUGUCUACAAAGGCAUCUUAUCUGAUCAACAUGUGGUGGCCAUCAAGAAGGCUAAAAUUGUAGUUCAAAGGGAAAUUGACCAGUUCAUAAAUGAGGUUGUCAUACUUUCACAGACAAACCAUAGGAAUGUGGUAAAGCUCUUUGGCUGCUGCCUUGAGACAGAAGUUCCUCUACUAGUCUAUGAGUUCAUAUCGAAUGGAACUCUGUCGUAUCAUCUCCAUGGCCAAAGUGAGAAUCCUUUGUCAUGGAAAGAUAGAUUGAAAAUUGCAUUGGAAACUGCAAGGGCUAUUGCAUAUCUGCACUCUGCUGCUUCCAUAUCAGUAUACCAUAGAGAUAUCAAAUGCGCAAAUAUAUUGCUUACUGAUGCUUUAACAGCAAAAGUGUCAGAUUUUGGAGCUUCAAGGUCAAUUGCAAUAGAUGAGACAGGGAUACUUACAGCCGUCCAAGGAACUUAUGGUUACCUUGAUCCUGAAUACUACUAUACCAGUCGACUCACGGAGAAGAGCGAUGUUUACAGCUUUGGUGUUAUCCUAGCAGAGCUACUGACGAGGGUGACACCGGUUUUUUCUUCUCAUUCGUCAGAAAGCACAAGCCUUGCAUCACAUUUUGUGUCACUUAUAAGGGACAAUCGAUUCUUAGAUAUUCUAGAUACACAAAUAGUUGAGGAGGGAGGGGCCGAAGAUGCUGAGGUGGUUGCAAGACUCACAGAAGCAUGCUUAAGUUUAAAAGGUGAAGAAAGGCCUACAAUGAGACAAGUGGAGACAACACUUGAAGAUGUGCAGAACUUAAAGGUCAAUCUCAGUUCUCAGAUCACAAGAGUGAACCAGAAUGCUAUAAAUGAUCAGUCAAACAAGGGAAGCAAAGGCAACGAAGGAACUAGGCUGUAUAGCUUGGAAAAAGAGUUUGUCCAAUCAUCUGAAAUUCCAAGAUGAUUUUGCCUACAUGGUGAAGUGUUGCAGUUACUAUUGUUAGUUUUGGUGUCAUACUGCAUAUCAAGUGUCAAUUGGAAACUCUGAAUUAUAAUUAUAUAUGUAUGCUCUUGCUCUAUGCUAAUGGUCCAUGUAGAACCAUGUGAAAGUAAAUAAAAGUAAUCCAGUUACAGUUUCUACAGUUAAA